GCUGGAAGUCGGCGCCGCGGCCGCGGUGCGGGUAGAGGACCCGGGGGAGGAGGAGAGUGGACUCCCGGGCACAGAGCUGAAGUUUCCUUUCCUUGGCGCUCUCCCUCGCUGGCUGGCUCCCUGUGCCAUGCAGGAGCGCUGGAGCUGCGGGGCAGCAUGAAGGGUAGCGACCGGGCUUACAACCGUUGUCCCUCUUUGGGGUGGCUCUUUGCUAAAUGCUGCUGUUGUUUGCCGUGUAGAGAUGCCUACUCUCAUUCCUCAAGUGAAAAUGGAGGCAAAUCUGAGUCAGUGGCCAACCUACAGGCUCAGCCCUCCCUGAACUCCAUCCACAGUUCACCCGGCCCCAAGCGUUCCACCAACACGCUGAAGAAGUGGCUGACAAGUCCUGUGCGCCGGCUUAACAGUGGGAAAGCCGAUGGGAACAUCAAAAAGCAGAAGAAAGUACGAGAUGGUAGGAAGAGCUUUGAUCUGGGAUCUCCCAAGCCUGGGGAUGAGACAACCCCUCAAGGAGACAGUGCAGAUGAGAAGAGCAAGAAAGGUUGGGGUGAAGAUGAACCAGAUGAAGAGUCACACACACCUCUCCCUCCACCUAUGAAGAUCUUUGACAAUGAUCCCACACAGGAUGAAAUGUCCUCCUCUUUGCUAGCAGCCCGGCAGGCCUCCACUGAAGUACCUACUGCUGCAGACCUUGUCAGUGCAAUAGAAAAGUUGGUCAAAAGCAAGCUGAGUCUAGAAGAGGGCUCAUACCGGGGGAGCUUGAAGGACCCCGCAGGCUGCCUGAAUGAGGGGAUGACCCCACCCACACCUCCCAGAAACCUGGAAGAAGAACAGAAAGCCAAGGCCCUGAGAGGCAGAAUGUUUGUCCUGAAUGAGCUGGUACAGACGGAAAAAGAUUAUGUCAAGGAUUUGGGGAUUGUGGUGGAGGGCUUCAUGAAGAGAAUGGAAGAAAAAGGUGCCCCUGAAGACAUGCGAGGAAAAGAUAAAAUCGUGUUCGGAAAUAUUCAUCAGAUUUAUGACUGGCAUAAAGAUUUUUUCUUGGCAGAACUGGAAAAAUGUAUCCAGGAGCAAGACAGAUUGGCACAGCUCUUUAUUAAACAUGAGAGGAAGCUGCACAUCUACGUGUGGUACUGUCAGAACAAGCCACGCUCAGAGUACAUCGUUGCUGAGUACGACGCCUACUUUGAAGAGGUAAAACAGGAGAUAAAUCAAAGGCUGACACUUAGUGAUUUCCUUAUCAAGCCCAUUCAGAGAAUAACAAAAUACCAGUUGCUCCUCAAGGACUUCCUGAGAUACAGUGAGAAGGCUGGUUUGGAGUGUUCAGAUAUCGAGAAAGCCGUGGAGUUAAUGUGCCUUGUUCCAAAACGCUGCAAUGACAUGAUGAAUCUGGGACGCCUACAGGGCUUUGAGGGCACCCUGACUGCUCAGGGGAAGCUUUUGCAGCAGGACACGUUCUAUGUGAUUGAGCUGGAUGUGGGCAUGCAGUCCCGGACCAAGGAGAGGCGUGUGUUCCUCUUCGAGCAAAUUGUCAUCUUCAGCGAACUGCUCAGGAAGGGUUCCCUCACCCCAGGCUACAUGUUCAAAAGAAGCAUCAAGAUGAAUUAUUUAGUCCUGGAGGAGAAUGUGGACAAUGAUCCCUGCAAGUUUGCGCUUUUGAACAGGGAGACUUCAGAGAGGGUCGUUCUGCAAGCUGCCAAUGCGGACAUCCAGCAGGCCUGGGUGCAGGACAUUAACCAAGUCUUGGAAACACAGCGAGACUUCUUAAAUGCACUACAGUCGCCCAUUGAAUAUCAGCGGAAAGAACGGAGCACAGCUGUGAUGAGGUCCCAGCCCACUAGGGCUCCCCAAGCUAGCCCCAGGCCUUACUCCUCUGUCCCUGUGGGCUCUGAAAAGCCACCAAAGGGCUCUAGCUAUAACCCACCUCUGCCACCCCUGAAGAUAUCUACCUCCAAUGGCAGUCCAGGGUUUGACUACCACCAGCCUGGUGACAAGUAUGAGACCAGCAAGCAAAAUGACCCAGGAGGCUGCAACGGGACCUCAUCCAUGGCUGUGAUUAAAGAUUACUAUGCACUGAAGGAGAAUGAAAUUUGUGUGAGCCAAGGUGAGGUGGUCCAGGUCCUCGCCGUCAACCAGCAGAACAUGUGCCUAGUGUACCAGCCUGCCAGUGACCACUCCCCUGCAGCUGAGGGCUGGGUCCCAGGCAGCAUCCUGGCACCCCUCACCAAAGCCACGGUGGCAGCAGAAAAUAGUGACGGGAGCAUCAAGAAGUCAUGUUCAUGGCAUACCCUACGCAUGAGAAAGCGGGCAGAAGUGGAGAACACGGGUAAAAAUGAAGCCACAGGGCCUCGUAAACCCAAGGAUAUUCUGGGCAACAAAGUCUCUGUUAAAGAGACGAACAGUUCCGAGGAGUCUGAGUGUGAUGAUCUUGACCCUAAUACUAGCAUGGAGAUCUUGAAUCCAAAUUUCAUCCAAGAAGUGGCCCCAGAAUUCCUUGUGCCCUUAGUGGAUGUGACCUGCUUACUUGGGGACACGGUGACCCUGCAGUGUAAAGUCUGUGGGCGGCCGAAGCCCACCAUUACCUGGAAGGGUCCAGACCAGAGCAUCCUCGACACUGACCACAGCUCAGCCACAUACACCGUCUCCUCCGGUGAUUCUGGUGAAAUCACCUUGAAGAUCUGUAACCUGAUGCCCCAGGACAGUGGAAUUUACACCUGCAUAGCAACAAAUGACCAUGGAACCACAUCAACGUCUGCUACAGUUAAAGUACAAGGUGUUCCAGCCGCCCCUAAUCGCCCCAUUGCCCAGGAGAGAAGCUGCACCUCAGUGAUCCUCCGCUGGCUGCCUCCGUCCAGCACAGGGAACUGCACUAUUUCUGGUUACACUGUGGAGUACAGAGAAGAAGGUUCCCAGGUUUGGCAGCAGUCCAUAGCUUCGACCUUGGACACUUACCUCGUCAUUGAAGACCUCAGUCCUGGAUGUCCUUACCAGUUCAGGGUCAGUGCCAGUAACCCCUGGGGGAUCAGCCUUCCCAGCGAGCCCUCGGAGUUUGUGCGACUUCCAGAAUAUGAUGCUGCUGCUGAUGGUGCCACCAUUUCUUGGAAGGAAAAUUUUGAUUCAGCUUAUACUGAGCUGAAUGAAAUUGGAAGAGGCCGUUUCUCGAUAGUAAAGAAGUGCAUUCACAAAGCUACCCGCAAAGAUGUUGCUGUGAAAUUUGUUAGCAAAAAAAUGAAGAAGAAAGAACAGGCUGCCCAUGAGGCUGCCCUCCUCCAGCACCUGCAGCACCCACAGUAUAUCACUCUCCAUGACACCUAUGAGUCUCCCACAUCCUACAUCCUGAUUUUGGAACUGAUGGAUGAUGGCCGGCUGUUAGACUAUCUUAUGAAUCAUGAUGAGCUGAUGGAGGAAAAAGUAGCCUUCUACAUCCGAGACAUCAUGGAAGCUCUGCAGUACCUUCACAGCUGCAGGGUUGCACAUUUGGACAUAAAACCUGAAAACCUGCUCAUCGACCUCCGGAUUCCAGUGCCUCGGGUGAAGCUCAUCGACUUGGAGGAUGCUGUCCAGAUCUCAGGUCACUUCCACAUCCACCACCUUCUGGGGAACCCAGAGUUUGCUGCCCCGGAAGUGAUCCAAGGCAUCCCUGUGUCACUAGGCACAGAUAUCUGGAGCAUCGGGGUGCUGACAUACGUCAUGCUGAGUGGAGUUUCCCCCUUCUUGGAUGAGAGCAAAGAGGAGACAUGCAUCAAUGUCUGCAGGGUGGACUUCAGCUUCCCCCAUGAAUACUUCUGUGGCGUGAGCAAUGCUGCCAGGGAUUUCAUCAAUGUGAUCUUACAGGAAGACUUCCGGAGGCGGCCCACGGCAGCCACCUGCCUACAGCAUCCAUGGCUGCAGCCCCACAAUGGCAGCUACUCCAAAGUCCCCUUGGACACCUCCCGCCUGGCGUGCUUCAUAGAACGCCGCAAGCACCAGAAUGAUGUGCGUCCUGUUCCCAAUGUAAAGAGCUAUAUCGUCAACCGGGCAAACCAAGGGACGUAGCCAUCUCCCAGCCCUGGAGGUUUCACAUAGAUGUGCCGUGUGAACCAAAGCAAGACUGAAUGUGUCUGUAAAUAGGACUCUGUUAAUGAUUUUCCUCCAUGUUAUCCUCCGGAUUGAGAGAUGUACCUCUUAAACCUUUUCAGUGGUUAUUCAGGGUCUGAGCAACAGUCAAAGUUAUACCCUAAAUUCAGGGGCUUUCCAGAUUGCCCAGAAGAGAUAAAGAUGCAAAGAAUGACAGAAUUAUCAAAAAGAGGGGCAAAGAUAACAAGAAUAUUAGAUGAGCUGUUAUAAAAAUUCUAAUCAUGAAUUCCAAAAUAAGUGGUUAACCAGGCAAACUUAAGCUCAUGAGGAUGAGGAUAGAAGGUUUCUGCCUUUGCUGAAAUUUUAAGCAAAAAGUUCUAUUUAAUAGAGAUGUCACGUGUGUCAACUAUUCCUGUUUAGUUGACUUAGAUAUAGUUUCUUAAUAGGAUACAUAUACACAUUCAGUAUAAUAUAUCCCAUUCAGGUUUCAGAGUUUUAUAAUAUAGAGAUAUAUAUGAAAUCAAUCAUAAAUAACUUUGAGUGCUCCAGUGAAGACAAUAAUUUAUUUACCGAAGCAGUACAUUGUUUUGACUAAGCACAAUUAGAUGACGAGUUUUUUAGAGCAUUUUAUAAAUCUUGUAUAGAAAUCUUUUACCAAAACCUGUGGAUUAGGAGAAAGCAGUGAUACCCUUUUGCAAUCUAUAAACAAGAAGAUUUUUCUCUCAGCCACAGGUUAUUUGAUUAACAUAGGUUCUGUAUAUGAAAAGCUAUCCCCAAAUUCACUGGCAGCUCAAAGUUAAUCUGGCAGGAAAGCCUGCCAGGAAAUAAGUCCAAAUACAGUAAGAGUUGUGGGGCUAUUUUUAUGUCUACACCUGGUUUGAAAUAGGUAAAUGAAUAUAACAAGCUCAUAUAAAAGGGCAAAUAGAAACCUUUCCUACAGUUCCAAUGAACAAAGAAACAACACUUUCUGAUUUCUUCUACAGCUGUAGAGAUAGUCCUCAGAAAGUUGGCUUGCUUUAUUUCUAACUCCUUCCUGAAGCUAAGGGGUGCUUACCAAAAGGAAGCAGCCAUACAGGCCUCUGAAAGGCCUGAUCCCAAGUCCUUUCUGAAGCCAUGGAGCAAAACCUGAUACAUCACCCUAACAAAACACUGAGUCUUAACUGAGAUUGCAGUAUCUGUCAUCACUCAGCUGAUAUUUCACUGGACUAAAAGGACUAAUUGUACUUUGAGGCCAAUGAUGCUCUCUACUGUAUAUUCAUACAAGAUUACCCUUAACUGCCCUUUUUCCCUCAUGGGGGAAAAAAAAUGAAAUCUGGGCACUUCAUGGUUUUUUCUUUGGGUUUAUUUCUUUUGGGGGGGAGCUUUUGUUUUUGUGUUUGUACAUGAUCCACACUUUGUUUUCCAGAAUAUGUUUUGAAAGUUGGUAUGAUGCAAAUAAUAUUUAAAAAUGUUACUCAAGUGUUUGUCCAAAUCAGGUUUCAUGGUAUCACUUCUCUCCUAUGAUAGGAUUGAGAAAGUUAAAAUCAUGCAUAGAAGUGCAAGCGUACAGUUUAUGAAGGAUAAACUAGAACUACAAACCUAUCUACAUGGGAAUUAAAAGGUGGAAAGUAAGCCUGAACUUUAAUAUAUAAAAACACUUCACCCCACAGUGGAAAUGUAGAAUUAAAAAUACUCAUCAUUCUUUU